UCACGCGCAGACACGCAUAGAAUGACGUCAGCUCUCGGCGUCACAUACGUCCACAGCGUCCACGCGCCGCCGGAGCUGUCAGUCAGAGGACCUUUAAAUGGCCACUCGGCUCGGUACGGCCCGGUAAUAACGCUGCCCCGGAGAGACCCGGUGACUGUCGGGGUCGACCCGUUUGAUCCAAACCGAGAUCUGAUCGUCUUACUGGCUCAGCAACACCAACAAUGAGCGACGAGGACGAGGUUUUGCAGAAAGCCCGAACCGGGUUCGAAGAUCUGUGCCGAGCCUUAAAUAUGGACGAAGAAGCGAGCGGCGAGGCGUGGAAGAGCUACGACACCAUGAGCAGGAACUUUACGUUAGAGGGCAGUGACCUCCACUGGCUGGCCUGCUCUCUCUACGUGGCCUGCAGGUCCUCGGUGCCCACGGUGGGGAAAGGAACCACGGAGGGGAACUACGUCUCCCUGACCCGGAUCCUGCGCUGCUCGGAGAUGAGCCUGAUAGAGUUCUUUAAUAAGAUGAAGAAGUGGCAGGACAUGGCCGACCUGCCACAGGACUUCCGUCAGAGCACCAACAAGCUGGAGAGAAACUUCACCGUGUCAGCGGUCAUCUUUAAGAAGUACGUCCCCAUCUUCAAAGCCAUCUUCAAGGCGCCGUUGGAGGAGCCGCCUCGAGUUCACCGCAGCCGCAAACAGAGACGUCAUCCCUGCUCUGUGACCGAGGUCUUCAACUUCUGCUGGGUUCUAUUUGUCCACGCUAAAGGGAACUUCCCGAUGAUCAGCGAUGACCUGGUGAACUCAUAUCACCUGCUGCUGUGCGCUCUGGACCUGGUCUUCACCAACGCUCUGCUGUGCAAUUCCAGGAAAGACCUGCUCAACACAAACUUCAGAGGUCUACCAGAGGACUUCAGCACUAAAGACUUCAGGCCGUCCUCGGGGCCGUACUGCUUCAUAGAGCAGCUGUGUGAGCUGCAUGACGGGCUGGUGCUGGAGGCCAAAGGGGUCAAAGAGCACUUCUGGAAACCCUUCAUCAAGAAACUCUUCCACAAGAGGAUCGUCAAAGGAAAGGAGGAAAGUCUGACCGGCUUUCUGGAUCCUAUGAACUUUGGAGACAGUUUUUUGUCUCUGACUCGGGUGUACGAGGAACACAUUCUGGCCACCGGUAGUUUAGAUGAGAGGAUCUUCACCGGUGAGGGGGCGAGCGAUGACAUUGGGACCCCAGGACCCAGCCUGUGUGAGACGGUGGAGAACCAGGACAGUGACACCUACAGGCUUCACCACAGCCUCACGGCCUCGGCUCUGAAGGUGUCCACUCCUCUGACCGGCAGGAAGUACGUUCGGGAGAACCACUGGGCGUCUCCCGUCUCAUCCGCCAUGAAGAGCGUCGGGCGACUCCACACUCUGCUGUCGGGAACCAAACAGGGGCCGAGCGCUAAGCUGGCAGAGACGCUCAGGACCUGUGCCAGAGACCCCAGUGAUGUCAUCAGCAAGCGCCUGAAGGACAUGUUUGAGCUCCUGUGUCAACAUUACGAGGGCAGCAGGACGGAGAGCAGGUCGAUGGGAAGAGACAUGGCAGUGAAGUACUUUCACCUGGCGGAGGCGCUGUACUACAGGAUCCUGGAGUCCAUCAUCGAGAGGGAAAAGAUGAUCCUGGGAGACGCAGAUCUGUCCUGUAUCCUGGAGCAGGCCGUCUUCCAUCGCUCCCUGCUGGCUUGCUGUCUGGAGGUUGUUGUCUUCUCCUACAGACCUCCAGGAGAUUUCCCCAACCUGAUCACCAUCUUCCAGCUGCCGGCGUAUCACUUCUACAAGGUGAUCGAGGUGCUGGUGCGGUCGGAGCAGGGUCUAUUUCGGGAGGUGGUGAAGCACCUGAACCAGGUGGAGGAGCAGGUUCUGGAGAGUCUGGCCUGGACCAACGACUCCCCGCUGUGGGAGAGCCUCCGUGGGGCCAAAGACCACGUUCCCGCCUGCAAGCAGGUGAUGCCUCUUCAGUAUCUGGAACAAAGUGAUGAGAGCAGCAGUGUUCCUCUGACUCCCAUCAACCAGGGACCAGAACUCAGAGGUUUGUCCCCGUCCCCCACCACCCUGUUGGACCGGUACAGCUCUCCUCCCACCGGCCCGUUUCGCCGCCGUCUGUUUGUCGACCCGGUGGACGGAGAGCCUUACACUGCCAGUACGGCGCCGACCGCCGUGACCAAGACCGGUCCGGCCGGCCUGGUCGCCACCAUCCCGGCCGGGCAGACGGUGGUCUCCAUGGCGACCGCCACCGUCACCGCUAACAACGGGCAGACGGUCACCAUCCCGGUGCAAGGGAUAGCCAAUGAGAGCGGAGGCAUCACCUUCUUCCCCGUCCAGGUGAGCAUGACCGGACAGGGUGGAGCAACGCUGCAGUCGCUGUCCACGCAGACUCUGACCGGCACCCUCGCUGUCCAAUCGGCUGUCACCAAACCGGCUAAACCGGCAGCCGUUAGUCCGCUGAGGAAAGGCUCGCUGUCGCUGUUCUUCAGGAAGGUGUACCACCUGGCCAGUGUGCGUCUCAGAGACCUUUGUUCCAAACUGGAUAUCUCUUCAGAUCUCAGGAGGAAGAUCUGGACGUGUUUUGAAUAUUCUCUCGUUUACUGCAGCGAGCUGAUGAUGGACCGCCACCUGGACCAGCUGCUCAUGUGUGCUGUGUACGUCAUGGCCAAGGUGACCAAAGAAGACAAAUCCUUCCAGAACAUCAUGAAGUCUUACAGAACGCAGCCUCAGGCCAGCAGCAAUGUGUACAGGAGUGUGUUGAUCUCAGGGAGGAGCAGACGUCCCUCAGGCAUCAACAACAACAACAACAACUCACCUGGUGACACCAGCCAGGGUCUAGAUCUAGCAGCAGGAGGCUCCUCCUCCUCCUCGGUGGGGGGACGGGAGGAGCAGCGAGGAGACCUGAUCCACUUCUACAACCAAGUCUACAUCAAACAAAUGAGACCGUUUGCUUUGAGAUACUCGACCAGCUCUCCGUCUGCAGGGCUGCAGACCCCCCCCCUCUGUCCCUACCCCUCCCUCAGGACAGGCUCCCCCCGUCGGGUGCUUCUCUCCAGCAAACACUCCGUCUUCAUCUCCCCUCACAAGACAAGCUCCGCCCCCCCGGCAUCAACCCCCCGAGACCAGAUCUCCUACUACAUCUGUAGCAGCCCCCCCAACCGUCUGCAGGAGAUCAACAGCAUGAUCCGGACCGGAGAGACCCCGACCCGGAAGAGGGGUCGUCUUCUGGAGGACCAGAGGUCCCCCAAGAGGGUCUGCCAGGACCACCAGUCUGCUCUACUGCGCCGCCUGCAGGAUGUGGCCAAGGACCGCAGCUCCUCCCACUGAGACACACACACACACGUACAUCCACACACACACACACACACGUGCAUACACACACGUACAUACACACACACACACACACACGUACAUACACACACA